CGGAACUGUAUCCAUGUACUCGCAGUGCCGGAAUCACGAUCUGAUCAACUUUUGUCUUCAACUUGAAUUGUUCCCCAGCAAUAAAUGUCCCAUUCCUCGUGUUUCUUGUUGGCAGACAUCAUGGAAUUCACCAUGCAAACAACGCCUCUUCACGUGGAACUAUCCUUGUCGCAAGAAACCCGCGUCGUUGUCGGCCAUUGUAGGCAAAAGCGCGGGCUUUGGUUCUCUCACAGCAGCAUGCCUAUUUUCUGCCCUCUACUCGAUGCCCAUGAUGUACAUGAACAGUUUCCUUGAGCCCUGCUCGGACAAGCCCGAAGAUUCUUGGCAAUCCAAGACACUGGCGAUUGCGUCGACUUUGUCGUGUGCUUUUGGGACAUCUCAUGCUCGCACCGAUCGCAUUCGCCUUGCCAACGGAUCAGUUUCGGUGUGCAUAACUCCCAUGGUCUCCAGAGAUGUCUAGUCCUUGACCACCGGGCUCAAGAGUGUAUAAGGCUUGGAUCCCGACGACGAUUCUUGCCGUCUGAGCGCCCUUCCCUCUUUACGCAAUCCAGGCAACCCUGCCCAUUUUCUUCUUGUAGCUCGUUUCCCAUUUGUCGUCAGGCUCAACAUGGCAACUGGUGUCAGGACAUCACGCGCACAGAUACCUGCGUUUCCAGUGGCUAUAAAGCCAGCGCAAUCACGCAUCUCACGCACUUCAUCCAUGUCCUCACGCGCCGUGUCUGAAUCCAUCCUUUCAUCGAGCAGACCACGUUCAUCUUCACUCUUGACGGCCGGCCCGUUGAGCGCCCCAUCACGCAGCCCAUCGCCUAGCACAGCAUUCCUGCAGGAAAUCGAUGUGUGGAUGGAUAACAUGGUAGAGAUGUUGAGGGCUCUGGAAGAACAGCACAGUUGGCUCCAAAUUCAGUUGGGAAGGGAGGGCAGCACCCCGAUGUUGACAACCAGACACAAAACCAUCAAUGGUCUUCCCACUCGACCGGAUUCACGUAUCCUGAAAUCGAGAUGACGGAUUUGUUGUAUCUUGUAUUUGCUGUGUACUAUCUUGUAAGGAUUUGUAUAGACUGUCUCACAUUGCUUCACACCAUGAACCCUUCGACCAUUGUCUUCGCUAAAGGUGUCGCCAACGUCGGAAUCGGUCUGAUUCUCUUUUGGAAACCGGUAUUGUUGUAUGAGUCGUCGGCAACGAAAGCACUGUCGGCGCUGACUGGUUUGGGUAUGACCAACUCGUCUAUCGCGCCUGGCUUCAAUCAUUCGAUUGCCUGUUUGGUUGCAUCUGUCGGCCUGGGUAGUGUCGUCGCUGCUCGUUCAGGGCCUGCUGCUUUACCUGCCAUUCUGGCAAUGACGUCGGCGUGCACUGUUCUCUCCCUCAUCACGUGCGCUUUUGCCCCGGUCGCUUGGGGUGUGGGUAGUGCCACCCUCUUGCUCGGUGGCCUGGUGAACGCAAUAUUCAGUCUCGGAUUGUAUCUCGCCGAACCACGUUUACUGCGCUUUUGAGCGGAUCUACUAUGUAUAAAUACGGGUUUGGUAUGAACUCUGUACUUACUUACCGUUUCGAAUUUCACCUUGCUAUCAACCUUCCUUACGAGUCAAGACGGAGUAAUCCGG